UCAGCCAGUCUUUGCGCAAGCAGUGAUCGUACUGGUUCUACCGCUCUCCGGAUUCGACCUUGAGCUGUGUGUCGUAGUGUGUCUUUCGUGACUUCUGUCUUCUGUAACCGCUCCAUUAAACGUCGCAAAAUGGCCAACCCAAGCCAGGAGAUUAAAUACAAGCAGAUUUUCAUCAACAACCAGUUCGUGAAUGCGGUCAGCGGUAAGACCUUCCCAACGGUGAACCCAUCGACGGGCAAGAAGUUGGCUGAUAUCGCCGAAGGCGACAAGGCGGACAUCGAUCUGGCGGUGAAGGCUGCCAAGAAGGCGUUCGAGCGCACGUCCGCAUGGCGCCAGAUGGAUGCGUCGGCCCGCGGUCUGCUGAUCUGGAAGCUGUCCGAGCUGAUGGAGCGGGACGCGAACACUCUGGCCAACUUGGAAUCGCUGGACAACGGCAAACCGUUCCCGAACGCGAUGUACGAUGUGCAGGGUUCGGUCAAGACGCUUCGCUACUGCGCCGGGCUCGCCGAUAAGGUCGGCGGCGAUACGGUGCCCUCGGAUGGGCCCCACUUUUCGUACACCCGCCGCGAACCGGUCGGUGUGGUGGGCCAGAUCAUCCCGUGGAACUACCCGCUGGCGAUGCUGGUGUGGAAGUGGGGACCGGCGCUGGCCGCUGGCUGUACGAUCGUGAUGAAGCCCGCCGAACAGACACCCCUGACGGCGCUGUACAUGGCGGCCCUCUCGAAGGAGGCUGGCUUCCCGGACGGUGUGAUCAACAUGGUGCCGGGCUACGGGCCGACGGCCGGUGCCGCCAUCAGCUCGCACCCGGAGAUUCGCAAGGUCGCGUUCACCGGGUCGGUGGAGGUCGGCAAGAUCAUCAUGGCGGCCGCGGCCACCAGCAACCUGAAGAAGGUGUCGCUCGAGCUGGGCGGCAAGAGCCCGCUCGUUAUCUGCGAGGACGCAAACGUGGAGGAAGCGGCCAAGAUUGCGUACAUGGCGGUGUUCGAGAACCAGGGCCAGUGCUGUAUUGCGGCGACACGCACGUUCGUGCACGAAAGCAUCUACGACAAGUUCGUGGCGAAGGCGGCGGAACUGGCCAAGGCACGCAAGGUCGGUAACCCGUUCACCGCCGGCACCGUGCACGGACCGCAGAUUGACGACACGCAGUACAAGAAGAUCCUCGGCUACAUCGAGAAGGGCCAGAAGGAGGGCGCCAAGCUGGUGACCGGCGGUAAGCCGGUCGGUACCGAGGGCUACUUCAUCGAGCCGACCAUCUUCGCCAACGUCACGGACGAGAUGACGAUCGCGAAGGAGGAAAUCUUUGGCCCGGUCCAGAGCAUCAUCAAGUUCCGGACGCUGGAGGAAGCGAUCGAGCGGGCAAACAACACGUCGUUCGGACUGGCGGCCGGUAUCAUCACGAACGACCUCACCAAGGCGAUCACCUUUAGCCACGCGGUCGAGGCCGGCUCGGUCUGGGUGAACACGUACCUGGCCGUCGUGAACCAGGCACCGUUCGGUGGCUACAAGCAGUCCGGCAUUGGCCGGGAGCUCGGCAAGAACGCGCUGGAGGGUUACCUGGAAACGAAGGCCGUCACCAUCCGGCUGCCGGCAAAGUACUAGGCACCCAGAUUCCCGCCUAUCUUGAUGUACGGUUGUUUUUCGCGUCUCGCGUUCGCUCCGCUAAAUCCGGUUUCUUUUUGUUUGUGUGUUGCCCAGGGCAAAUACAUCUUCAUCUUUAUGUAA